AUGCCCAUCAGCUACCUUAUCCUCUUGUCCCGGCAGGGCAAAGUCCGUCUCGCCAAGUGGUUCACUACUCUCUCCCCCAAGGAAAAGGCCAAGAUCAUCAAGGAUGUGACUCAACUUGUGCUGUCGCGCCGGACGCGCAUGUGCAAUUUCCUCGAAUACAAAGACUCGAAAGUCGUCUACCGCCGCUAUGCCUCCCUAUUCUUCAUCGCCGGUUGCGCAUCCACCGAUAACGAACUGAUCACCCUCGAGAUCGUCCACCGUUACGUUGAGCAGAUGGACAAAUACUACGGGAACGUGUGCGAGCUGGAUAUCAUCUUCAAUUUCCAGAAAGCAUACUUCAUCCUGGAUGAGCUAUUACUAGCAGGUGAGAUGCAAGAAAGUAGCAAGAAGAAUGUGCUUCGUUGCAUCAGCCAGCAGGACAGUCUGGAAGAUAUGGAGGUUGAGGAAGAUGUGGUCACCAAGAUCAUGUAG